UGUCCAGAGUGAUACCGGAGGGUUAAAAGAUUCCUCAAGUGUCCAUAUUAAACAGAAUGCAUUUAUUUCCCCUCAAUCCUGACUUGCAGUUGACCUGGCUGUGGAAAAAAAAGGACACCGAGGUGGUCGUGGCAGUGCUCCCCUCACAGAUGAAAGGACGCAUCUUACUUAUCCGCCACUGUGAGCUAUGCUCACUUCGACCCCACCAGUGGUUGACAGGGGAGGUAAUUGAAGGCGUGUUUCAUGUUGCUGCCGACAAAUUCGGCGUUGUGAACAAAAUGUACUUGCUAAAUCACUACACAGCAGGUGUCAUUUUGUUCGGGGACAGAACUCAGCUAACAUCUCACAGUUUACCAAAGGUAAACUUUGACAACUAUGAAGCUGUCCUGUCCUUUGUACUUGUCAACAACAACCACUGGAAGUUGCUGUACAUUCAUGCCAAAACCAGCACCGUAUUCCUGGUGGAUCCAGCUCAAAGCAUCAAAGAGCUUGAUGACUCCGAACAUGCUGCCAAAAGAAUACAGGAGUACUUCAAGAUGAGGAGGACACGCCACAGCAUAACAGACUGGGUGGAUGUUAAGUGGAAGGGAGGCGUUAUGGGCCACCCACUUCAAAAGGAUGGAUGUAGCUGUGGUGUCGUUGUUGUGAAGAUGGCAAAGGCAGUCAUGGAGUCCUUCCCUCUGAUCCCGAAUGUGAAUUUCGAGUGUUCGAAGAAAUACAUGAAACAGGAGAGGAUAGAACUGGCUCUCGAAAUCCUUGAGGCAUCAGUCCUUGAUGAGCACACUUAUUGUGCUAUGUGUGCUGCUUAA